GACCGCACGGACCCGGGGUGUUUGAGUGUAGCUGCCCCGCGUCGGUGUCCGUGCUGGAGCUUCCGUCUUUGCGGUUGCCCAAGGUCAGGUCCUGAGGGCUCUCGCAGGAGUGUACCGCGGUUUGCAAGCGACGUCUAGGCUCCUGUGGCGGCCUCGGGUCAGGCUGGUCGGUCCCUGCUAAGCUGUCAUUUACCCGCAGUUCCCAGUGGAGAGCAAGAAACCAGAUGCAUCCGAAGCCUCCAGAAGUUGCUAUGGUCAAUUAAACAGGUUUCCUUGUGAAGCUCUGGAUGUUUUGGGACUCACUCUAUAAACCAAUCAUCUGCCUCCCAAGUGCUGAGAUUAAAGGCAUGUGCCACCACUGCCAGGCAAUUUAAACUCUUUUAAGGUGUCCUACUCAAGACUCGAAGUUGCUUUCUUAAGCAUUUAAAGAAUGUAGUGAUAUUCUUCAGUAGUCAAGAUGUCCUCAGAACCUGAGCCUCCAGCAACAAAGAAAGACCCACCAAAAGAGAGGAACUUUGAAAAUCCAGGCCUCCGAGGGACACACACGACAACCUUAUUUCGAGCUGUGAAUCCUGAGCUCUUCAUUAAACCUAACAAACCCGUAAUGGCCUUUGGACUGGUAGCCCUUUCCCUUUGUGUGGCUUACAUUGGUUAUCUGCACACAGCACAAGAGAACAAAAAGGACCUCUAUGAAGCCAUUGAUAGUGAAGGGCAUCGUCACACGAGGAGAAAGACAUCCAAAUGGGAUUAAGUGCUGUUUGCUUCAGAUGGAGCGUUAUUGCAGGCUCUGAAAUCUUUAAAUGAAAGACUCUCUGAGAGUAUGGAAUUAUGUUUCUUGUUCUGUAAUCUGUUAACAAGAGAGAAUACACAAUUGGAAGGCGUCCACUGUGCUAAAUAUAGUCCCAUUACAGCUGUGACUGUUAGCCCUUUCUCUUCCCACAAAGGAAUGUCUCAAUAUUUCUUCUGUGCAAAUGCUGUAAGAAUGGGAGUCUUUUUGUUCAAUUCUGUAUAAUAAAAGUACCCAGUCCUGUUAAAUUUGCA